AUGCGAUCGUCAGCGGGAUUCCUUCUAACGCCACAGCAGAGACAAAGACUCAUAGCGCCUACUCCAUUGGUAAUAGUUGAUGCCAGUUUCUCUCAGAAUUCCUUUUUUUCAGAUCCUACCGAUUCAGGUUGCUAACAGGGAAUCCAAUGACCCGAAUCAGCAAUCAAGCUCUACUAGUGCUUCAACUGCAAUCCCUUCCUCCAGAAUCAUGACUGUCGCCGAGAAAAAGUCUCUUUUCAAGGAAUUUUCCAAAGCGAUGCGAGUUGCUCACAAAGGAUUUCUUGAAUGGGAUGCAGAUAGCACGGAUCAGUUCACCGUUAACCCUAUUUCUGGCUUGGCUGAGAGAUACAAGCACAGAUCAGAUGGCCGCAUUCCUAUGCCACCGGAAGAAAGCUAUAACAUGGAAGACGCGUGUGAGAUUCACAUCGAUGAACUACUCACUGAGGAAGCUCGUCUUCGAUUCAAGGGACCAUUAAUACCGGAGAGAAUGGAGACCACUCAAUCAAGAAUUGAAGAUAUUCUCGCCAUAGCUGUUCGUGAAAUGGAGCUGGCCAGAUUAGCUGGAUUAGAAGACCAGAUCACCAGAAAAAAUGGAAAACAAUCAGUAACGACCAAAAUCAAAGGCGCUGCUGGCAGAAAAGGCAUUCCGCACAAGAUUGUACCGGAAGAAGUCAAGAUCGAAGAAGUUUCGUCGGAAAGAUCCUCUCUUCAUAAUACAAUGCGCAACGUUAUACAGAAUUCUCGAUAUCGUUUCAGAGGAUAUUGGAGUGAGUCACCCGAUCUUUCUGCUGAGAGUCAAGAGUGUUCAACAAGUAUGCAACAGCCGAAAGUUGAGGAACCAGAAGUUGAAGAAACGAGAUCUAAAGAAUUGAAAACCGUGGAACAGAAAAUUGAGGAGCCAAAAGCUGAGGAACCGGAGGCCGAGAAACGGAAAGCUGAAGAAGUAAAAGCUGAAGAACUGGGAGUUGUAGACCUGAAAGUUGAAGAACUGAAAGCUGAAGAACUGAAAGCUGAGGAACCGGAGGAAAUAAUGAUUCAAACUUACCCUGAAUCCGCUGGCCGCGAACCAACUUCAUCUUGUGGUCGUGGCGGUCGGUUCCCUCGAAGAUCUACGCAAUCAGUGGCGACGAGUUCUCCUGAGCCAACAAUGAAGCGUCCUGUUGAGAAGGCAGCUACGACCUCGCCGAAAUCUACCGUUCCACAACCAAUGGGAGAGCCACCAGCCAAAAAGAGACCGGUAUGUUUUGUAAACAUCGAGAGACGCAGAGAAGAGGUAGGGAGGGGUGGGAGAGGCUUACCGCAUUAUCCACAUCAGUGCGCGUGUCUAUUUGAGGGAGGGUUCCGAAGGAGGUGGCAAAUUCAAUUUCAAGUUGGGAAGAAAAUUUUCACAGACUCUCAUGUUGAAACAACAGCUUCUUUCUCUUCAGCACACACAGAUAAAAAAUUGUAUGAAAUUAUUAGAACUUGAGACUGAACCUAGUUUGUUUGAAAAAUAUAGAAGUAUUAAGCACAUGUGGCUUUUUUGUUGAGUAACUUGAGAAGUACGGAAGAUAACAAAAACCGAAAAUGUACUCAGGCGAGUAGGCAAACGUGGAUGAAAAUCAACAUUUCAGUUUUUCAGGCAAGAAGAUCGGAGGCGGACCGCUUGCUCAGCAUGGACUUUGGACCGAAAGAAGGAGCUCGCGUGUCGGAGACAGAGCCACGUCGUCGUUCUACAAGAGAGCCUACUCCUGUUCUAACACCGCCACCGAGAACAAGACCAGUUCGUGCAAGUUCCAUAAAGCACAUGGAUACCGAUUCGAGCCACUGGGACAGAAGCAGAUCUUCAAGCGUGAAACGUUUAAGCGUGCAACGUUCACGACUGUCGUCAGUUAUCAGCGAAAAAGAUUCGGACGAACUGUUCGUUGCGCCAACUGCACCGCCUUCACGUACUCCAACUGGUUCACGUGCCUCUUCUGUGACAAGAACUUCAGCAAGGCUUUUGUCAAGAACAAGAACUCCGACAAGAACUGACACUGAGAGCGCGUUCAGAGUUCCGUCGCUUCCAAAGAAAUUGAUCAACCCACCGGCUCCUAUCAAGAAGGCUCCUGAACCUAUGAUGCAAAAAGAAGAAUCACCAGUCAGUUCCGUGCCGGACAAGAGCUCUACGAAUUCUCCAGCUCUCACUGCGGACGCACGUGACCGCUCGCCGGAGAGCCCAAUUCCAGCCUUGGUGCCGAUCGACCCAUCACCCCCAAGCCAGAUGUUUGCCAUGAACAUGCUGCGGAUGGAAACGACAAGUCCGGCAGUGCAAGCACCAAUCGAGAAAGAGGAAGUCGUCGAGAUGGAAGCUCCAGCUUUGCAAGCUGAAGAACCGAUGGAGGUAGAUCGUCACGACAACUUGGAUAGGGAUUCAUCAUUCGAAGGGCCGACUGUGCGCGCUUUUCUCAUGACAGGAGGCAGAAUUCACAAUCAAAUAAAUUCAUCGGGCAACGGUUCCAAAAGAAGUGUUGCUGUGUUUCCAAUUGGAUCUUGUAUUGGCGCUCCGGUGAGAAUAACGUCUGUUAAUCAACCUAGUCAACCUGAAGCCGAACUACCAAGGACAAGGAAGAAAACAUCGUUUCCAAAAAAUCAAAAUCGUCGUCUCAUUCCGCGUCACUACAGUCCACCUCGAGACGAGCCGGAUCCAGUUUUGUGGGCGAUACAUCAAAGAAUGGCUGCUGCUGCCGCUUCCGCUUCAACUCCGAUUACUCCAAACGCUCCAAACACUCUGGCGGGGAGAAGUACAGGCGCUCCUACUAUGCCAAACUCAACUAACUUCCAAAGUUCUUCGUCUUCAGGGACGCCGAUGGAUAUACAAUCGAAAAGAUCAUCUCUGGAUUAUUACGAUCCGCAAGUUAUCGCACAGAGAUUAGCAGCUCUUCAAAAAAUUCCGGAUCCAGUUCUGCAGAGGAGUCAGGAAAUAGUCAGGCGCAACCGACAGUUACAACAAGCAAGCAAUCGUGGAGAUCAUCAUCAAAACUUCGACAAUGAUUCACAAAGGAUACCGCAACAAUUUGUUCCUCCAAUGCAGCGUAAUCAACAGCAUCACGCUGCGCGUCAAGGUUCAACGUCUUCUCAAUCGCCGGCGUCCUCAAGACAUGUCAUGAUUGCUCCGCGCCCGAUUCCAGGCGCACCAGUAUCUCGCAUCUCGCCAGUUUCUGGAACUAUAACAAUGGGCAAUCUGACAAACCGCCAGCUUCAACAGUUUGUCAUCCGUCAACAGUCAAUAGCACAAAAUCCACCAGCGCCGCAAGGUUCUUCAUCUCGGGCAACAUCUCCGCCUUUAACAGCUCAGCCGUCCCGGCCAGUAAUGUUUGAUGGAUCGGUUAUAGAAAAACCAAAAGAACCAGAGUACUAUAACGUGAGUAUUCCGCCAACUGCUUGUAUCAUCAUAUUCUUUUUUGAAGGUUCCCCGUUAUGCAAUGUCCGAUCCUGUCUGUCCUCCAGGAAAAGGCCCAAACAUUGCGGAAUGGAAGGUUGGUGUUUUCUGAAGUUCAAAUAUUACUGUUCUUGCCUCUGUAGCUAAACUACUAACGUGACUUGACAAUCGGAGAGCAUUUCUCCGGAAACAUUAGCUUGGUGCCAGAGUGUGCAGUAGUAGGGAUGUGAUGCUGAAAUAUCUGGUGGAAAGGGUUAAAGGCGACCCCAUGGGGUUCUGAUGGGUCGAAACUUUUUUGAGCAUACCUAUACAGAUUUCCUUCUAUUGAAAAUUCUGAAAAAUUGAUCAUUUUUCCAACAACUUUUCAAAAACUUUGAGGCAAAAAUGGGUCCGGGCCGAAUCGAUUUUGCACAAGUCCGCUAAACAAUGAUUCUUUCAGGUGACCGACAUGAUGAACUGGUUUGCCACCUUCAUUGAACCACCGCACGACAAUCUUUUCGCCAUUCUGAAAAAGGAGCUCAUUGAUGGCACCGUGAUGGAAGAUUUUUUCGUGAUCAACAAGGAUAUAGACAAGUUCAAUCUACCCUACGGGGUUCUCAACAAGAUCCAGAGAAAUAUAAAGUUGGCGGUGAACGAGUACAAUCGGUACGACUAUAACGAAAAAAUCAAGGAUUAUCAACGAAGAUUGCUGGCUGCGGAGGAACAGCAACGGAUAAACAAUUAG